UAGUAGUGAGCUAAAAAACCAGUAUUUUACUAAUCUACUGCAACAUUCGGUGAAUUUAAAUACGUCGGUUUUAUGGCGGGAAACGUGGCAUGGAACAGACCAUCCAUCGAGUAUGGCAGCCUCUAGCGCCUAACGAAUGAAUGUUUGUCGAUUUCAACUUUCGAUUCUGAGUUCUAAUACAGACGCAUUCGACUUUCGACUCCGUUGACUGUUUUUGGCACACAACACUUUCAUCAAUUUCUUUUCAGACUUCUUAUAGAUUAUAGAAAAGGAAGAAACCCCUCAGAAUGAUGUCGGUUAUCACUUUCGCUCGCAGUAAUGCAUUACCUCUUCUUCGAAGAUCCAUAACUCCCCGAAUGCAGUCAACUUCAGCAUCAAUUUCAUCAUUGGUUCAUCUGGAAGAAAAACAAGGUUACACUGUUAUAUCUAUGCAAAAAAACCCUGUUAACUCAUUGAGCCUUGAAAUGAUUCAGGCACUGUCCGAAUCGUUAAGUGAACUGGAGAAAAACAAAUGCAAAGGAUUCAUCCUUACAUCUGCCUGUCCUGGAAUUUUCAGUGCAGGUCUAGACAUCCGAGAAAUUUACCAACCUACUGAAGGGAGACUAAAAGAAUUUUGGUCUUCACUUCAAACUUUAUGGCUUCAGUUGUAUGGCUCCAAAAUGGCUUCAGUAGCCCUUAUCAAUGGUCAUGCUCCUGCUGGUGGAUGCUUACUAGCUGUCGGAUGUGAUUCAAGGGUUAUGGUGAAUGGUAAAUCAAAAAUUGGACUUAAUGAAACAAGGUUGGGAAUAGUAGCACCAUUUUGGUUCAAAGAUGCUUUUGUUAAUACCAUUGGUGUACGGCAAUCAGAACGUGCACUUCAGUUGGGAAGUUUAUUUAGUCCCGAGGAAGCAUUCAAAAUUGGUUUGGUAGAUCGAGUGCUUCCCGAUAUGGAAUCUGCAACUGCAGCAGCGGAAUCAGAAUUGAAAGAAUUCCUCCAAAUUCCUGCCAUGGCGCGGUAUUUAUCCAAGAUGAGAAUUAGAGAAGCACCACUGAAGGGUCUUUUAGAAAAUCGCGAAACAGACUUAAACACCUUUGUCCAUUUUGCCACAACUGAUGCAGUACAAAAAGGGCUAGGUAUUUAUUUGCAGAGUCUGGCAAAGAAGAAUUAGUACAUAUUUUUUCAAUACUCUAAAAUACAUUGGUAGUAACUAAUGUUUUGUAAAUAAAUCACUGUGGGCCUCCUC